AUGAAAACCCUCGACGUCAUCGUCGUAGGCGCAGGCAUCGGUGGACUAUCGACCGCACUUGCGCUCGCGGCGGACGGACGUCGGGUUACGAAACGAGUGGAGGACCUUUCUGAGGCCCAGGACGCCCUCAUGGCCUUGGGCGACUCGGAAGACAACCCGAUUUUUUGGGCAAGUGGGGUUAUGAGGGAUUGGUUGUUUGGGUGGGAGGUUGGGGCGCAGACGAGGGGGUUGGGUGUGAGUCAUGUGAAGGAGGGAGGGGAAAGAGAGGAAGGGGAAGGGAAGAGAGAAGGGGCGGAGGAAGAGGAAGAGAUGGGUGGAGAUGGGGAUUCCGAAAUUCCCACCAUUACCACCGCCUGA